CCCAAACAAAAGCCCACAUCUUCCCAGCUGAGUCCGUGCCUAGUCCGUCUGUAUUGACUCUGCAGUCGUCUUGUCUCUGCAAACUCUACACACACGCAGAAAGAGCGGCAGUUGAAUCCGGCAGAUGGAAGCAGCUUCAGCAAAACACGGAGUAUACAUUCUACUCUUCUCUCUCGUCACUCUCUCUCGUCUCUCUCAUCUCGCUGCAUCAUCUGAUCUUCAGAUCGUUGACGCCGAACGCAGAAUUGAUGUGAUCUCACACAUUGUCAGGGUUUACUUGACGCUGAAGGUUGAAAACACGGGAAAGUCUAGUGCUUCGGAAGUCCUUCUAGCCUUUUCGCCUGAACAAGCUAAACAUAUAUCUAUUCUCCAAGCAGCAGUUGUAGUUGGGAAAAAGAGGAAAAAAUCAUAUCUUUCACUUAAAGUGAAUCCCACUGAUCUGCCUGAUUCGCCAAAUGGAACCAAAUACUAUACUGCAUAUUUAUUAAAUCCCUUGAAAACCGGUGAAUCUGUAACAAUAGAAGUGAUGUAUGCUCUGACUCAUUCCCUUCAACCCUUCCCGGUUGAAAUCAGCCAAUCAGAACCUCAGUUGGUGUAUUACCAUGACAGUGCUUUAAUACUGUCACAUUAUUAUAUCAAAAGGCAGAAAACGAUGAUUCGGACACCAAGUAGCAAGGUGGAGUCAUUCACAAGAGUGGAACCUGCUGACCGUAAAGGCGCAGAAUUGAAAUAUGGGCCUUAUGAGGACCGUUCUCCAUAUUCAUAUUCUCCUGUAAUCAUUCAUUUUGAGAAUAACAACCCGUUUGCUGUUGUUGAGGAACUUGUUCGUGAAGUAGAAAUUUCUCACUGGGGUAACCUUCAGAUUACAGAACAUUACAAGUUGGCUCAUGGUGGUGCACGACAUAAGGGCGUAUUUUCAAGAGUUGAAUAUCAAGGGAGACCAUCUGGUAGUGGUGCUUCCUCGUUCAAGCAUCUUCUCGCAAAAUUACCGCCAAGGGUGCAUUCUGUAUACUACCGUGAUAACAUAGGGAAUAUCUCAUCUUCUCACUUGCGUUCUGAUUUCAAGAAGUCAGAGCUGGAGAUCGAGCCAAGAUAUCCUUUAUUUGGAGGCUGGAAAGCGACCUUUACUAUUGGAUAUGGGCUACCGUUGCAAGACUUUCUUUUUGAAUCAGAUGAUGGUAGACGGUACCUGAAUUUCAGUUUUGGAUGCCCUAUAACUGAGACUGUGGUGGAUAGUUUGACCGUCAAGGUAGUGUUGCCAGAGGGAUCUAAAAAUCCUUCUGCUUUGCUGUCUUUUCACGCGGAACAGAAUCUAGAGACCAGUUACUCAUACCUCGAUGUUGUUGGAAGGCCUGUGGUGGUUUUGAAAAAGAAAAAUGUAGUCCCGGAUCAUAACAUUCCUUUCCAGGUUUAUUACGAGUUCCAUCCACUGUUCAUGCUUGCAGAGCCAUUGAUGUUGACAUCUGUAUUCUUCCUACUGUUCGUCACUUCUUUGGCCUAUUUGCACAUGGAUAUAUCAAUACGCAAGAGCUAGGGCUGUAAGUUUCUGAAGACAGAAAAGUUAUUCACUGAUUCUUCUUUUUAUACAGGUCUCCGGGACUACAACUUAAAGUCACUGUAUAACUGUUAAGAUAUAGCUAGAACUCCUUGGUAAGAAAAAUUGCACUAUACAUUUUGAUAAGCUUUUCGUAGUAUAACUAAUCUUGAUUGCAGAGGCCCACAAUUGAAACGGUCAUGUAUGGACCCGCCGUUGGAAAUUAUCAUAUACUAUAUUCUGGGUAGAAAUCCCACAAAUUUUAUGUUGGAAAUAAGGGAAAAUAGAUUUUUUUUGCCA